AAAGCUCAGAGAUAUUCCCAUCAAUUGUCGUUUCCACACCAUUUCCCCAAUGAGUCUCCGUUUAUCGCUCUCCGCCGUCCUCACGGCGGUUUUCCUCCGCGCCGCCGCAGCUCAGCGGCCUCCUUUUGCUUGCGACGCCGCCGAUGGCAGAACAAAGUCGUUGCCGUUCUGCGACGCGAAAAUGCCGAUCCAUCGGAGAGUGCAGGACCUCGUGUCGCGGCUAACGCUAGACGAGAAAAUUUCGCAGCUGGUGAACUCAGCGCCGGCGAUUCCGCGCCUCGGGAUCCCGGCGUACGAGUGGUGGUCGGAAGCGCUGCACGGCGUUUCCGGUUACGGCCGCGGAAUCUCCUACCAGGGGAGAGUCUCCACCGCCACGAGCUUCCCCCAAGUUAUACUCGCCGCCUCCACGUUCGAUGCGCAGCUUUGGUACCGCAUUGGUCAGGCAAUUGGUAAAGAGGCGAGAGCAAUGUACAACGAAGGUCAGGCCAAAGGGCUGACGUUUUGGGCACCAAACAUAAACAUAUACAGGGACCCCCGGUGGGGGCGAGGCCAGGAGACACCUGGCGAGGAUCCAUUGGUCGCCGGAAAAUACGCCGUGGCGUUUGUGAGGGGAUUUCAAGGCGACGUUUUCGAAGGCGGGAAGCUUGGGAAUGGUCACCUGCAAGCCUCUGCUUGCUGCAAACACUUCACUGCCUAUGAUUUGGACAAGUGGAAAGGCGUCGAUCGUCUCGGCUUUGAUGCUCGGGUAACAGCGCAAGAUUUGGCAGACACGUAUCAGCCUCCAUUCGAGAGGUGUAUCAAAGACGGGAAAGCCAGCGGAAUAAUGUGCGCCUACAAUCGCGUCAAUGGCAUUCCCAACUGUGCCGACUAUAAUCUCUUGACUGUAACCGCUCGCAGAAACUGGGGAUUCAAUGGGUACAUCACGUCCGACUGCGACGCGGUUCUGGCGAUCCAUGAUUAUCAUAAAUAUGCAAGGUUGAGAGAAGAUGCUGUGGCCGAUGUCCUCAAAGCUGGCAUGGACGUGGAGUGUGGCUCCUACUUAAAGAACUACACCAAAUCCGCCAUCGCCCAGAAGAAGCUCCCGGUGGCCGACCUCGACCGCGCCCUCCGCAACCAAUUCGCCGUCCGGAUGCGCCUCGGCCUCUUCACCGGCAACCCCGCCGGAGCCCUCUUCGGCAACCUCAAAGCCGCCGAAGUCUGCUCCCCAGCGCACCAACAGCUGGCCCUCGAUGCCGCCCGCAACGGCAUCGUCCUCCUAAAAAACUCCGGCCGUCUCCUCCCCCUGUCGAAGUCCCGGACUCCGUCCGUCGCUGUCAUCGGGCCCAACGCCGACGACGCCUACACCCUCCGCGGAAAUUACGAUGGCCCUCCCUGUAAGACUCUAUCCAUACUCAACGCCAUAAAGAGCCACGCCGCGCAAACGUUGUACAGCAAGGGGUGCGACAACGUGGCGUGCGCGAACCCGGAUAUUAAUGGCGCGGUCGCCGUGGCUAAGCGGGCUGAGUACGUGGUUUUGGUGAUGGGUUUGGAUACGACUCAGGAGACGGAGGAUCGCGACCGCGAGGAGCUGACGCUGCCGGGACAGCAGGAGGCGCUUGUCCGGGCUGUUUCUGCGGCGGCAAAGAGGCCGGUGGUUCUUGUCCUGGUUUGCGGCAGCCCAGUCGAUGUUUCGUUCGCUAAAUUCGACCCGAAAAUUGGCGGGAUGCUUUGGGCGGGAUAUCCCGGCGAAGCCGGAGGGAUCGCGUUGUCCGAAAUCGUAUUCGGAUUACACAAUCCCGGGGGUAAGUUACCUGUAACAUGGUACCCGAAGGAGUUUGUGAGCAUACCGAUGACGGACAUGAGAAUGAGGCCCGACUCGGCAACGAGAUACCCGGGCCGGACGUACCGGUUCUACAACGGGCCCAAGGUGUUUGAGUAUGGGUAUGGAUUGAGCUACACAACCUACUCAUACAACUUCAUUCAUUCUACCCUAAACACCGUUGUCCGCCUUAACCGGCUAAUGGUGACAACCUCAAAAGUUGCAUCAAAUGAAACCUCGGAAUCGCUCCUCCGGCACAUAGCCGUUUCCGAAGUCGGGGCGGAGGGAUGCGAACGGGCGAGGUUGUCAAUGAGCAUUCGGGUGGAGAACACAGGAAGCGCGGGCGGGAGGCAUCCGGUGCUGCUUUUCGCGAGGGAUGGAAGACGGGGGAUGAAAAAGCUCGUGGGGUUUGAGAGCGUGGCGUUGGAGGCGGGAGAGACGAGGGAAGUUUCGUUUGAAGUGAGGCCAUGCGAGCAUCUAAGCAAGGCUAUGGAAGAUGGAACGAUGGUGAUGGAGAAGGGGGAGGUGUUCUUCGUUGUUGAAGACGAAGAGUAUCCUGUUAACAUCGUCUUUUGAUUGAUUAAGAUUGUUGUUCUUUGUUGUUGGAUCGUCCAUUUUAAGUUUUGAGUUUUUUAUUUAAUGAUGAAAGCAAGAUAUAUAAUUUUAAAAUAA